CUAAGAAUUUGAGUGUCUUUUCAUUGCAUUCCAUUCCAGCAACAUUUAGCAUUCAGUUUACAUUACUUUUUCAUUGCAGUUUGCAUUUUACUUAAAAAAAUAAUUCAAUAAAAAUUUAAAUACCUUCCACAAAAGAGCCAACAAGCAGCAUGGACGACUACGAGGAUCAAAGUGUCGUAAGCGAAGUGAGUCGCGGGAUGAUGGCCGGCGGUGGCGGUGGCGCCCAUCACGGUCGCGCCGAAAACACCACUUCCUUUGGUGCUGUAAAAGUUGGCGGUUGGCGAUAUGAGGACUCCACACGUUACAUCGGUGAAUGGGAUCAGCGCGGCCAGAAGCAUGGUAUUGGUCAUUUACAAUUUCCCGAUGGCACACGUUACGACGGCCAAUUCACCGAUGGACUGAGUCAUGGCCUCGGCUGUCUAUGGUUCUCCGAUGGCGCUAAAUACGAAGGUGAAUUUAUGCAUGGUUGGUUCCAUGGUCAUGGCAUAUUUUGGCGUUCCGAUGGCAUGAAAUUCGAAGGCGAAUUUCGUGGUGGCAAAAUCUGGGGACUCGGCUUGUUGACUUUUCGCGAUUUCACAAACGGCUUUCCGCGCAACGAAGGCUUCUUUCAAGGCUGUCGCCUGGUGCGCAAGCAACGCUGUCCGGACGUAGUGCAGCGCGCGCAAAAAUGUGCGCUUAUGGCGCGUUCGCUGUGUGACCAUCCGUAUUAGCCUUAAGCAUGCAUGCACACAUGUACAAAACAUACGACAUAAUAUACCUACAUAUACAUACUUAUCUGCAUAUGCGUAUACAUACAUACAUAUGUAUGUACGAGUACGUGCCCAUAUCAGUCGGUUCUAUGGUACCGCACCGAAGUGGACUCCAACUGUUAUGUCCACAAACACACUACCAGAUCUUUCGCAAAAAGUACACACGUUUUUGAAAUGCUACUCACUCUCGUAACAACAACAAAAAUAAAUAAUGUUCAUUUUAUCGUUUACGAAUAAACGUUGAGGA